AUGUUUAGUGGUAUUCUACUAUUUUUAUCCGGUUGUAUUAUAGCUGGAUUAUUUACAUCCUCUGGUUUUCUAUUUAAAAAUUAUAAAGCUGGUGUUGGUGGACAUGUUGAAGCACAAUUAAAUGGGAUCUUUUUAUUGUUAAUUGGUGUUUCAUGGCACCAUUUAUAUUUAAACGAGAAAUGUAAAUUAAUAACACAUAUAUGUUUACAAAUAACUGGUUGGUUACAUCCAAUGACAUACUAUUGGGUUGCAUACACUGGUCAUCAUUAUAAUUUGUUACGGCAAGCAACAAUAGAUGCAAAAACAUUACCGUCGAGUUUAGAUGAAUUUAUAUUUAAUUUUGUCUUAGUUGGAAUUGUUUCAGGCUCAAUGAUGAUGGCAUUAAUCUUACUCUUGUGGGGAUUUCGAGUUGGUGGUCCAACUAGACAAAGUGACUUUGAAGUUAAAAAACAAUAA